AAACACGUCUGACCUUCCAGGAGAUUGCCACAUCAGUCCAUCACCUUCAAUUCUCGCCUCAACUUCCCUGCAGCCAUUGCACCACCACCACCACCGUGGCUCCAUCGUUUUUCGCUCUCUCCAUGGCUAUCUCUUCCCUUCUUUUGAAGUCCUAUUUUCCUCUCAUUUGCACCAAACCAUCUCUCAACAACAAAAACAACACACACUCAAAUUCAUCCAUUCUGCAUAUUUCCUUAAGAACUAACCCACCCCACAGAGCCACCACUCGUCUUUCUAAUACCCACAGGCUUUCCUGGCAGAAUGAGCUUAAAAAUGCAUUUCAACAACCACCCAGUAACCAAAACUUAAUAGAAAACUAUUCCAUUGAUCAAAUUGAUAAGAUUGAUGAUGAGUCCUUCCAGAAAUUGGUUGACAAGAAAUGCGUGGACAAUGUAAGAAUGCUUAUAGUAGAUGCUGUGCAAAAUGCAAAGGCAGGUCACCCUGGCAUGGCCAUGGGGAUGGCAGAGGUUGGGUAUUAUUUAUAUAGGCAUGCUAUGAGGUAUAAUCCAAGAAAUCCCAAGUGGUUCAAUAGGGAUAGAUUCGUUUUGAGUGCUGGACAUGGGUGUUUGCUCCAGUACGUAUGCCUUCAUCUUGCUGGGUUUGAAUCCGUUCAGAUAGAAGACCUAAAGAACUUGUGUAAACUUGGGAGUCGGACACCAGGUCACCCAGAGAACACAGUUACAGAUGGCAUUGAAGUCACCACAGGCCCUCUUGGACAAGGUGUAGCUAAUGCAGUUGGUCUGGCACUAGCAGAAGCUCACUUGGCAGCUCGUUUCAAUAAGCCGGAUUGCGAACUUGUUGAUCAUCGGGUAUAUUGCAUCAUGGGUGAUGGGUGUGCCAUGGAGGGAAUAUCACAUGAAGCUGCAUCUUUGGCUGGCCAUUGGAAACUCAACAAGCUUACACUAAUUUAUGAUGAUAACUGCAAUACCAUCGAUGGACCGACUAGUCUAACAUUUUCUGAAGAUAUAUCUGCAAGAUUCAGGGCUCUUGGUUGGAAUGCAAUUACAGUAGACAACAUACAUGACAAUAUGGGUUCGAUCGAGGAUGCUCUUCUCUCCGCUUUGAAUGAGACUAGAAAACCAACUUUCAUCAGGGUGAAGACUUUGAUAGGGAGAUUGUCCAAAAAGGAAGGAACAUUCAAGUCUCAUCAUGGUACCUUUGGUGAAGAUGAUCUCGAGGAAAUGAAACGAAAACUCAAAUGGGAAAAUCAAGAGCCAUUCCAUGUUAUCCCAAUGGUUUAUAGGGAAAUGCAGAUUCAAUCAGACCAGGGACAAAAAUUGGAGAGGGAGUGGUUCUCUAAGCUAGACUAUUAUAAAAGCAAGUAUCCUCAUCAGGAGGCUGCAGAGUUUGAAGUCCUUCUCAAUGGUGGUCUGCCUUCCAACUGGGAAAGCUGCUUGCCGAAAUGGUCUAUGUCAGAUUCAGUAGAUGCUACUCGAGGAUACUCCGAGAAGUGCUUGACCGAGCUAGCUAAGGUGCUUCCGGGACUGAUCGGUGGGAGUGCUGACCUUGCUUCAUCUAACAAAGUCUAUCUUCAUGACUACCAAGACUUCUCUGUGCCUCACUCCCCUUCAGGCCGCAAUAUACGCUUUGGAGUUCGAGAGCAUGCAAUGGCUGGAAUUUCUAAUGGAAUUGCAUUACAUGGAAGUGGAUUAAUCCCAUUUGCAGCAACAUUCCUUACAUUCUCCGAUUACAUGAAAAAUUCAAUCCGACUUUCUGCUUUGAGCCAUGCUGGAGUACUCUAUAUCAUGACUCAUGACUCUAUCGGUCUUGGAGAAGAUGGUCCAACCCAUCAGCCUGUUGAGCAGCUUGCAGGCCUCAGAGCAGUGCCGCGGCUUCUAGUUUUCAGACCGGCAGAUGGGAAUGAAACUGCAGGAGCAUACAAAGUAGCCAUUAGAAAUAGAGAAGUACCUAGUGUCAUUGCAUUGUCAAGGCAAAAAGUAGCAGCAAACCUAGAAGGAACAUCUGCAAAUGAAGUUGAAAGAGGAGGAUACAUAGUAAGUGACAAUUCUGGUAGAAAUAUGCCAGAGAUUAUAUUGAUAGGAACCGGAACUGAACUGUGCCUUUGUGAAGGGAGUGCCAAGAUGCUAAGGGAAGAAGGGAGAAAGGUAAGGGUGGUUUCACUUGUUUGCUGGAGACUUUUUGACAGGCAGCCGGUGGAGUACAAGGAGCAAGUAUUCCCACAGGGUGUUGCGAAGCGCAUCGGUGUGGAGGCCGGAUCUCCACUUGGUUGGAGGGAGUAUGUAGGCGGGGAAGGUCUGGUGAUUGGGGUGGAGGAAUUUGGGGCUAGUGGAGCAUAUUUGGAUACGUUUAAGAAGUUUGGUUUCACUGAAGAGAAUGUAACAAACGUUGCUAAGUCAUUGCUUGAGAAAUAGUUCAAGAACUGUAGUUGCAUAGGAAGAGAGCAAGUCCAUGGCAAUAAUCCAAUGAUGAUAGAGCUAGUCAAGGAGUAGUUUGGUGGGGAUUUGAGUUCGAGUUUCUUCAUAUUUUCUUUCUUACCAAGCAGGCUAAUUUUCUAUUGUGUAAUCUACUUGUUGUAUUUGGUUAUUUUGCUUCAUUUGUAUAACAAAAGUAAUAAAAUAGAAAAGGAUAUUUUUGGAU